CAGGCUGUGAGAGGGAGCAGCGCUGACGCUCGCCAGCCGAGUGCCAUCCGGACAGCGCCUGCCCGCCCGCGGUGUGGGUGCCUGCAGGUGAUGGGGCAGCGCCUGGGACCGGAGAGCUUUGUGCCGGGAGCAGGAGCUCUGUCUGCCUGAGUUUCGGUGGCACUGCUGGGCUUGCCACGUCACUUGUGCCCCUCUCGUGUCCCUCACCUGCGUGGCCCUGGCCUCCAGCCGCAGGUUCAGCACGCUGGACACCCCGUCCUGCGGGCCCUCGCAGGGGCUCCCAUGUGAGCCAAGGGCAGUGAGUGCUCUGCCGGAGCCUGGGGAUCUGCAGCGGGUGAUGCAGCGGGAACCGUGCACUGCCUGGCCGGGGAUGCUGUGGGCUGCCGUGGGAAUGCCUGGCUCCCUGAGCGCGAAGUGACUGCAACUCACACGAGGUUGGGACUACUUCUCGGAAGAUGCCCUGUUUGUCUCCAGUCGUUCCUCUCUGGCCUCACCGCAGAAUACCUGGAGUUGCUAGCUUCCUCCUGCCGAGGGGGGACAAAGGCAUAGGCCUCCAGAGGGUUAAGAGCAUCUGCCUUUACGCCAAGUGUUCGAGCAGGAAAUAAUCUGCAGAGAUACAUGUGCAGCAAUUCAACUGCUGCUGCUCUCUCAGGCUGCCGCUGCUGCAGUUCGGGGUGUGAGAGGAGCCGCGCUGCUCGCAGAAGAUGCUUUCUUGGUGUGUCCGAAGCUCCAGGCAUGGCAGGAGAGCCCCGGCUGUCUGAGCUGGGGUAAAUGUCUUCAUCCAAGAGGAAUUAUGUGGACUUGCUGGCUCUGUCGGCUCACAGAGAAGAAUGUUCAGACUUAUUUAAAGAGUGCAGAUAACUGGAACUCAGAGGUGUCCUGAGGGUAGUUGUUUUGGUCUCUUCAUGUGUGAGUCUUGUCCUCACUGAGCAGUUCAGCUCGCUGCCAUCCACAAGUGAGGAGUGCUUUGAGAAGAGCCCACUGAAGGCCUGAUAAGAAGGCCCUGAGUCACAGACCCAGCAAACCUGACCAGCUCCUCACCAUACACUGGUCUCGAAUCUUCUUUGGAGCAGCUACCAGAGGGGCUGAACUUCGCUGUUUCCUGCUGUGCUGCCUGGAACCUUUUCCACAUUAACAAAGGCUGAUGGAAACCUGUAUCUAGGAGGUUCUAUGCGAGAUACUCUCCCUGCUCCCCCGUGGCCUCUCCCUGUGCCAGUCCCUGCCGACGGCGCUGCAUCACCGUGCACCAGAUGUGCAGGCGGCUGCAAAGAGCUCCCCUCCCUGAGCACAGGUGCUCUCUGUCACGGAAAAACCCUAGCUGGCCUGUGCCAGGAGCAUCAAACUCAUCCACAUCUCUGAAUGGUGAACUUGGAAACAAGCUGGAGAUUGCAAAGUCUGCUUUCCCUCGAGGUUGCUGGUCAAUGGUUGUCAUCCACCACACCCAAGGAAACUAGAAGAGCUCCACGCUAACUUAUGUGAGGUUUAUUUCACUAUGGGAGAUCAAAUGAUUUUCUGGCUCAGGUUUUGUAAUGUUCGGCAUCUGCCUUGGACCUGCAAUUUGGAAAAGGGCUCGUCUCUGAAGCACGGUUAAGAGACAGAAAAACCAGUCCCAGACAAUGAGCACUUUAAGUAGCACUGGAAUAUUGCUCAGCUUAACGACAGUGUCUGUCACACUGGAUUUUAGUUUGCAUGGUGGUCUGAUGGCUUGGUCCUUAAGCAGCAACUUGACUCUGAAUCAGAGUUUGCCCACAUCUGAUCCUCUCAACACCUCUGAGAAGGGCGAAGUCUCUCGGAUGUCCGUGAGGGAGAAGAAUUGGCCAGCCCUCCUGAUCUUGGUUGUCAUCCUGCUGACCAUUGGGGGGAACAUAUUGGUAAUUAUGGCUGUGUCCUUGGAGAAGAAGUUGCAGAAUGCCACAAACUUCUUCCUGAUGUCCUUGGCAGUGGCAGACAUGCUGGUGGGUAUCCUGGUCAUGCCCGUGUCGCUCCUUGCAGUCCUGUACGAUUAUGCUUGGCCUUUGCCUAAACAGUUGUGCCCUAUAUGGAUUUCCCUAGAUGUGCUCUUUUCAACUGCAUCUAUUAUGCAUCUCUGUGCCAUCUCUCUUGAUCGGUACGUAGCAAUACGCAAUCCCAUUGAGCACAGCCGCUUCAAUUCCCGCACCAAGGCCAUUAUGAAAAUUGCUGCAGUUUGGACCAUAUCCAUAGGGAUAUCUAUGCCUAUUCCGGUCAUUGGUUUGCAGGAUGACUCCAGAGUGUUUGUAAACGGGACCUGCGUCCUCAACGAUGAGAACUUCGUCCUCAUUGGAUCCUUCAUGGCUUUCUUCAUCCCCCUCAUCAUCAUGGUGAUCACGUACUGCCUGACUGUCCAGGUGCUGCAGAGACAGGCGACGGUGUUCAUGUGUGGAGAGGUGCCCAAGCAGAGGAGGAGCAGUGUGAACUGCCUCAAGAAGGAAAACAACGCAGAGAACAUUUCAAUGCUCCACAAUCACGAGGGGGCAUCUCACUUGAACUCCCCUGUAAAUAAGGAGGCAGUGCUUUUCAGGAAAGGAACUAUGCAGUCCAUCAACAACGAGCGAAGAGCCUCCAAGGUCCUGGGCAUCGUCUUCUUUUUGUUCCUCAUCAUGUGGUGCCCGUUUUUCAUCACUAAUGUCAUGUCUGUCCUUUGCAAGGAAGCCUGCGACAAAGACCUCCUGAGUGAACUGCUUGAUGUGUUUGUUUGGGUGGGGUAUGUUUGCUCGGGGGUUAAUCCCCUGGUGUACACACUCUUCAACAAAACCUACCGCAGGGCUUUUUCCAAUUACAUCCGCUGCCAAUACAAGACCGGGAAAAAAUCAGCACUGCGGCAGAAUCAGUGUCUGAAUGUUGCUUCAACAGCUUUAUAUGGGAAAGAUCUGACUUUAACUAGUUAUCGAAAUGGCAAUGAAUUCAACAGCAUGGAACUAGAAGCUGAGGAGGGCCUGGAACUGCAACCAGGGACUUCAGAGCUCUCCAUAAACAGCUGUAAUGUUGUAAGCGAAAGAGUGAGCUGUGUGUAAGGGUGACUCACACAGCCUUUUGCUACGGUGUAUCUGUAGCCAAAAUACAUUGUGUAAAAAUGUAAGUGUCGCUCAAAGGACAAUGUAAAUAUUGCAUUCUGAACAAAGCUUUUUUUUUUUAAAGAAAAAAAGGAGUUGUCUUUCCAGUCCGGUACUUAAAAUCAUAUAUAUUAAUAUACUGCAGUGAAGUUUAAGGUUCUAUAUUUACUGUUACUAAUAGAUCAGAACUAUUAGUUACUCUGCAUAUGUCAUGGACAAAAUGUUUGAAUUCUUCUUCCAGUGCAUGAAAAAAAUGCUGAAUAUUUAUCUCAGGUGGAAUUUGCUGGAGUCCAGAAUGGCACGUUAAUAGUUAUAUAUCAAAUACAUGCUAUUAGACUUGGUCAGUAUAACUUUCUUUUUCAAGUUGACAGUAAAUAUAUACUUUAAAUCCUCA